AUGCCCAGAGUGGGGUCUGACGAAAACGUAAUUACCCCAGCGCAGCAGGUGAAUCUUGUGCCAGCCGUAAGAUUUGAUCAUGCGAAGGUAUGCAUGGGAGACUUCGGGAAAAUCGAUGGGCAUACAGACGAUUUUGAUACUCCAGGAUCUUUUACCUGCAUGGUGGCCAACUCUCGGCUGCCUAAAGAAUAUGAGAGUGGACAAUUCCAUCUUCUUGGCCUUGGAUGCUACUUUGUAUUAGAAUCACUUACUGUCAUGUGCUUCUCUGGGUUACGCAAACAUGGUGGCACCCCUCCAAUCGCGCCUCCAGGCGUUGAGCCUGCCCCAGAUGCAUACCACUUUAUGAAUGUAUGCCACCCUCCUAAGGCCAUGAUAUCUGUUGCUGGUUCCUAUGUCCAACCUCUGGCAUUGCUACCAAGUAGACGACAACAAGAUGAUUUGUUGCUACUAGGACCAGAAAUCACAUCACAGAUGAACCCUCAACCUCUGCCAUUAUCAAGCCAUGCCAAUUGGGCCAAUGAUGGAAUUCUGCCUCGAGUUAUGGGAGCAAGGAUAGAUUCGACGAUAUUCCUAAGCGCCUUCUCAUUCAUUGACACUGAUGGGAAGUGCUACUCGUUAGGACCCUGGGUCAGAGCGGAGGAUGGUGUGGUCGUCGAUACGCCAUGUCAAGACAAGUCAAGUUGGGGUGGAGAUGUACCCUCAUCACCUCUAGACACAGAAGGGUCUCAAGCCGCCAAUAUAUGGAGCGAUGGGCCUGAACAACAACCAGAGGCUGAACUUCAAAAUGAUGUGGAUCACGUCAUUGCUGCACGUCAUGGGCGUUGGAACCAAUGGUUUGAUCACCUUGAGACACAGAGUAAAUUUAUACCAACACAGUGGGCACUAUUUGAGAUGAACAAAGAUGGAAAGACACAGUUUGACCUGAUUCGGAGUCAAUUCUAUGCAGGCCCUGGAAAGCCUUUACGAAUCAAAAGCAAGACUGCAACAAAAACUAAUAAGCGGCAGCGCACUGAAGCGAAUGACAUGGAAAUGGAAAGACCCAAGAAACGUCUGAAGGGUUCACAUGUUGCAUUUCCCCAAAAGCGUGGCGAUCUUUUUACGAGUCCUCUGAGUUUACGAAGAGACUCGUUUAUUACCCAGGAUCUCAGGACUUUUUUCAGUGCGGUGGUAGCUAAUGUAUUGCUCUACUUGGCUGUCAGACUCUAA